ACCCCCAGUAUUCCCCAUAUUCCAACUAUCCCCGGUAUUCGCAGCAUCCCCAGUGUCCCCAGUACCCCCAGUGUCCCCAGUGUUCCCAGUAUCCCCAGUACCCCCAGUAUUCCCAGUAUUAAAACUAUCCCCAGUAUCCCCAGUGUUCCCAGUAUCCCCCAGUAUCCCCCAGCGUCCCCAGUAUUCCCAGCGUCCCCAGUGUCCCCAGCAUCCCCAUUAUUCCCAGUAUCCCCAUUAUUCUCAGUAUCCUCGGUAUCCCCAUUAUUCCCAGUAUCCCCAGCAUCACCAGUAUCCCCAUUAUCCCCAUUAUCCCCAGUGCUCCCAGUAUCCCCAGUGUCCCCAGUAUCCCCAGCAUCACCACUAUUCCCAGUGGCCCCAGCAUCACCAGUAUUCCCAGUAUUCCCAUUAUUCCCAGUGUCCCCAAUAUCUCCAGUGUCCCCAAUCUCCCCAGUCUCCCCAGUAUUCCCAGCAUCCCCAGUAUCCCCAGUAUCCCCAACCUCCCCCAUGUCCCCAGUAUCCCCAGUGUGUCCCCAGUAUUCCCAGUACCUCGUGUUCCCAGUAUCCCCAGUCUCCCCAGUGUCCCCAGUGUUCCCAGUAUUCCCACUGUCCCCGGUGUCCCCAGCAUCUCCCCAGUAUCCCCAGUGUUCCCAGUAUCCCCAGUGUCUCCCAGUAUCCUCAGUGUCCCCAGUAUUCACAAUAUCCCCAGUAUCCCCGGUGUCCCCAGCAUCCCCAGCAUUCCCAGUAUUCCAACUAUCCCCAGUAUCCCCAGUAUCCCCACUAUCCCCACUAUCCCCAGCAUCACCAGUAUUCCCAUUAUCCCCAGUAUUCCCAGUGUUCCCGUUAUUCCCAGCAUCUCCAGUGUCCCCAGUGCUCCCAGUAUUCCCAGCAUCCCCAGUGUCCCCCAGUAUUCCCAGUACCCUUGGUGUCCCCAGCAUCCCCAGUUUUCCCAGUAUUCGCAGUGUCCCCAAUGUCCCCUGUGUCCCCAGCAUCCCCAGUACCCCCAGUAUUCCCAGUAUCCCCAGUGCUCUCACUGUCCCCAGUAUCCCCAGUGCUCCCGGUAUUCCCAGUACCCCCAGUAUUCCCAGUAUUUCAACUAUCCCCAGUAUUCCCAGUGUCCCCAGUAUCCCCAGUAUGCCCAGCAUCCCCAGUAUUCCCAGUGUCCCCAGUAUCCCCAGCAUCACCAGUAUCCCCAGUAUCUCCCAGUAUCCCCAAUGUCCCCAGUAUUCCCAUUGCCCCCAGUAUCCCCAACAUCCCCAGUAUUCCCAGUGUCCCCAGUAUCCCCAGUGUUCCCAGUGUCCCCAGUGCUCCCACUAUUCCCAGUAUCCCCACUGUCCCCAGUACCCCCAGUAUCCCCAGUGUCCCAAGCAUCCCCAGUGUCCCCACGAUGGGGACAAGGGACAAAUGGCGCAGGGCAUCCCGGGCUCGCUGCAGGACAAGGGCUCGGUGCAGAAGUUCGUCCCCUACCUCAUUGCCGGCAUCCAGCACGGCUGCCAGGACCUUGGCGCGCGCAGCCUGACCGCCCUGCGGUGA